AUGCUUCAAGAUUUACUCACAAGAAAGUCAACUCUUCAAGAUUUACUCACAAAUAAGUCAACGAUUCGAGAUUUACUCACAAAUAAGUCAACGCUUCAAUAUUUACUCACAAAUAAGGCAAUGCUUCAAGAUUUACUCACAAAUAAGUCAAUGCUUCAAGAUUUACUCACAAAUAAGUCAAUGCUUCAAGAUUUACUCACAAGAAAGUCAACUCUUCAACAUUUACUCACAAAUAAGUCAAUGCUUCAAGAUUUACUCACAAAUAAGUCAAUGCUUCAAGAUUUACUCACAAAUAAGUCAAUGCUUCAAGAUUUACUCUCAAAGAAGGCAAGGCUUCAAGACUUACUCACAAAUAAGUCAACGCUUCAAGAUUUACUCACAAAUAAGUCAAUGCUUCAGAAUUACUCUCAAAGAAGGCAAGGCUUCAAGACUUACUCAUAA